AUGGACAAAGAUCGUCACUCCCCGUCAACACACCGGUUCCAGCCACCCAUCGCCACCAAUCCCCGUCGUCAACCACCCAGUGAGCCGACGAUCCUCAUUUUCUUCCUCGUAAUCCUUUCUUUGCUCCUCUUCUUCUUCCUCUUCCUCCGCCCAUCCUCAUUACAUAUUCCAAAGAUUAUCAAACCAACACCUGUCAAAUCUAACUGGAAUUCCUUUAUCGUUUUCCUCUUCUUAUUUGCCAUUAUUGCCGGUGUUUUGGCUCAGAACAUCGCCGUACCGUCCACACCCAACGUCACCAAUCGAGUGAACAGUCGUGCGUCGGAAAGUAAUCAGAAUCGGAAUCCGGAGGUGCAGGUUGAUGAUGAUUUGAGAAGAAGCAGCAGCAGCAGCAGCUCGAAACCGGAUUUGAGGCAGAAACCAUUGACGGAAAACGGCGAUAAUAACCAUUCACGGCGAAGAGAACGGAGAAAGGAGAAUAAUCACCGAUCUGAACCAGUCUCCGGUGAUAUCCGCCACCGUUCUCGGCGGAGUGAGGCAAGGAAAGUGAAUUCUCGGGUAGAGGGAAGUAUUGAAGUCGUUCCAAAUGUCCCGGAGAUUAUAGUAGAACGUCAAUCACCGAUACGAGUGCGUCCUCCACCACCACCAGCUCGAGCUCCGGCUCCGGAUCCACCAGUUUCCGUCGAGUCAAGAAGGCGGAGAACCUCCAGAAGUGUAGGGCUUGAUCAAACCGUCCAAGUUACAAGUCAAAUUAAUACGUUACAUGAAGGCUCCCACAUUUAUCCACCUCCGCGUCCAUCGCCGCCGCUGGCGAAUCGGGAAGCAAGAGAGGAUAAGAAGGAAAUGGCGCCGACGAUAGCUUCAUUGGAUGAUCAGAAGAAGAGAAAGCGAACGAACAGACAGAAAUCGAGAGAUAUACAACCGUCCAAUCCGUUUAUACAAAAAACGCCACCGCCACCGCCGCCGCCACCUCCUCCCACGGCGUCUAUGUUCCAAAAAAUGUUCAAAAAAGAAAGAAAACCUAAGGGAAUUCACACCGUUCCUGCAAGGGCACCGCCGCCGCCACCGCCUCCUCCUCCAACGAAGUCCAUUUUCAACACCUUAUUCAAAUCCGGCGGUAAAAACAAGCGAUUUCCUUCAUCAGACAACUAUCCACCACCGCCUUCAGCCACCAAUGAUUAUUCCAAUACUGCAACGGGAAGCAAUGGUUUAAAUUCAUCCUCCGCCGCUUCAUCAUCGCAGUCCACCGUUCAACCUCCACCGUCGCAACCGAAAUCAGAUCAGUUGACUUCGGCAGUGAAGCAAGAAUCUAAACGUACGAUCCCAAUUCAACCUCCAUAUCCACCGUCGCAACCGUCAGAACCUCUCCGCCGACGUCCGGCAAGCACACACAAACCGCCUCUACCAACAAAAGCAAGCAAUCACCAUGACAGUGACGAAUUCCUUUCCAGCAGCUCACAGUCGUCGCCCAUUCCACUCCCACCCCCUCCGCCGCCGUUCAAGUUGCCGGCAAUGAAAUUCGAACUCCGCGGGAAUUAUGUUAGGCAACGGAGCGUCCAUAGUUCAGAUUUUAGUUCACCAGAUCGUGAUGAUCUUCCGUCAACUAUAAUCGACGGUGGAGAUUCAUUUGGGCCCAGCCCAAUAUCUUCCACUUCCAGUAGCCCAGACUUGAAUGCGAAGGCUGAUCGUUUCAUAUCCAGACAUAAAGACGAAUGGAGAACCGAAAAGAAAGAUAGAAAGAAAGUAGGCCCAACCUCAUAA